GGCUGCCGGUCUGCCGCGGGGAAGCAUUUGAGAGUGGGACCGCGAGAAGCGGCUUGUAAACAGAGCCGGGCCAGGAUGGUCGGCGGCUGGGGCGGAGCGGCUGGCGGUGAGCAAGGCGGGCUGCCUGGGUCGGGGCCCUGCCGGGAGUCGGCUGCAGGCCGUGGGGGUGACCAGACCCAAGCCUCGCCUAAGUCUAUCCAUACUGAAAGGGACCUCCGCAAGAUGUCUGUAAAGAGCUCAGUCCAGCAGUGGGCAGGACUCCCUGAAGAAGGUGUUUAAACGAAAUCAAGGAUUGGUGCUGCACCACUUUGGUAAAUACUGCCCUGCUGCCUCAUGAAUAAGCCUCCUAGAUGUCCGUACUUGGCUUUCUCCGGGCAGCCAGGUGAAGGUUAUUGCCACUUGUUUCCACAGCUGCAUUGAUGAACCAUUGCUCUCUGUUGACUGAAUGUUCAUGACACCCUUUCCUGAAGCAGUUUAGGAGACUUAGACCUCUUGGACCCUGGGUCAUGGAAGCUUUGGAAGUGGAUGACAUCAGCCCUGCCUUAGAGGUGACCGAGGACUUCUUUAGUACUUUCGAUAGUAAGCUGGAAAAGGCUGUGCAGCAAGCAGAAGUUUAUGGGAUUCAGGAAAUCCCUGAACUGGUGGGGCGUGAGGUACUCAGUAACAUAACAGACAAUGGUGCUUUGAGAAAUGUUGCCUCCCUAGGCAAGGGGACCAUGAUUUGGGACCACUGUAAGAGCAGACUCCUAGAAACCAAAGCUCAAAAUGUCUUCCCUGCCAAAGAACAGCUUAUGGUCCAGAGGGGGACAGCCCCUGAUAACCUUUCCUGGAUGGAACAAAAAGAAGCAUCAACCUUCAACUUUUUCAACAUCUGCCAGCGUCGGAGGGACAGACCUCGCUCUGUGAAUGACUUAUUAGAUGAGACCACGACUUUCAAGCCAGGACAUGCUCGGUCCAGGUCCGACGUCACCCACGUAGACUGGCGGGUAGUCCUUAGCACCAUGCCUUUGCAGCAGCAGCAGCAGCUGUCCCUUCAAGCCCCUCACUUUGCCAGGCCAUCUUUUCUGUUGCAUUCACCCAGUAAGAUUGAAGAUGCUCAAGGAAAUACAGAACACAAGCAGACAUUCCCAAACAUCCUGAAGAAGGGUUAUCUGGAGAUCAGAAAGAACCAUGAUAGUUACUGGCAAAGCUGCUACGCUGAACUCUCACCCUACAGCCUGCACGUGUACAGCCUCGACAGCAGUGGGGCUCAGAGCCUGCAUGCCACGUACCCGCUCUCCCACUUCCAGAGCGUUUCUGUUCUAGGCAAUCUCGAGGCCAGGAUGGUGGACACCGUUCUCUAUGACAAUUCUCAGCUGCAGCUAAAGGCAGAAUCCCCGUGGGAGGCCCUGGACUGGGGGCAGAAGCUCUGGGAAGCUGUGCAUGCUGCUGUGCCCAGUUAUAUGGGCCGACAGGAUGACCUGGCAAACUCACCAGGACUUGGUCAUCAUGUUGACUGUACACAGAACCACUGUUUACAGAAGAAAUCCAGUGGGCUUCUGUCCUCCCCUGUCUUGGAUAGCCCCAAACAGUACCAAAACAUCCUCAAAUCAGGGACACUCUACAGAUUGACGGUCCAGAAUAACUGGAAGGCAUUUACAUUUGUGCUGAGCAAGGCCUAUCUUAUGGCCUUUCAUCCUGGCAAGCUGGACGAAGAUCCCCUGUUGAGCUACAAUGUGGAUGUGUGUCUGGCUGUGCAGAUAGACAACCUGGAUGGUUGUGACUCUUGCUUUCAAGUCAUUUUCCCCCAAGAUGUCCUCCGCCUCCGGGCUGAGACCCGGCAGAGGGCACAGGAAUGGAUGGAGGCUCUGAAGACAGCGGCCAACGCAGCCAGGAGUUCUGAGCAAAACCUGCAGGUCACUCUGAGGAACAAAGCCAAGGAUCAAAUAGGUGGCCAUGAGCAGCGGAAGAACAAACGGCAGUCCGUGACCACCAGCUUCCUGAGCAUCCUGACCACUCUGUCUCUGGAGCGAGGACUCACUGCUCAGAGUUUCAAAUGUGCAGGAUGCCAACGAUCUAUUGGUCUCUCUAAUGGCAAGGCCAAGGUGUGCAAUUACAGCGGGUGGUACUACUGCAGCAGCUGCCACGUGGAUGACAGCUUUCUCAUCCCAGCACGAGUAGUUCACAACUGGGACACUUCAAAAUAUAAGGUGUCCAAGCAGGCCAAGGAGUUUCUAGAGUAUGUGUACGAAGAGCCGCUGAUCGACAUCCAGCAGGAGAAUCCCAUGCUGUACCUCCACGCAGAGCCACUGGCCACUGUCGUGCGGCUGCGGCAACAGUUGAAAUCACUCCGAGCCUAUUUGUUCAGCUGCCGGGCGGCAGUGGCGGAGGACCUGCGCCGCAGAAUUUUCCCCAGAGAAUACCUCCUUCAACAGAUCCACCUGUAUUCUCUUGCUGACCUGCAGCAGGUGAUAGAGGGAAAGCUGGCACCGUUCUUGGGCAAGGUCAUUAAAUUUGCCACCUCUCAUGUCUACAGCUGCAGUCUUUGUAGCCAGAAAGGGUUCAUCUGCGAGAUCUGUAACAAUGGCGAGAUCCUCUAUCCGUUUGAGGACAUUUCGACAAGCAGGUGUGAAAGCUGUGGAGCUGUCUUCCAUUCCGAGUGCAAAGAAAAGUCGGUCCCCUGCCCACGGUGUGUCCGCCGGGAGCUGCAGAAGAAGCAGAAGUCCUUCUGGCGGCAGCUGAAUGUGGACGAGAGCCUGGAGGAGGCGUGCACCAUGUUCGAGCUGUGCUACCAGAACACCUGACUGCAGGCCAGGCUGCACACACCACAGCCACCCAAGGGCCACUCUUGCCCAUGCAGAUGAGGCUGUUCCCUCUUCAGCUAGAUGUAGAUAUAUAAGUUAUUUAUUUAUAUUAUAUACACACCUAUACGUCCUGUACGUAUGCUUUGUGUAACCCAUUGUCCAGAAAGUCCACAGAGACCCUGUGGCUGAACUCGUACCAGAUAGCUGAGUUAUACUUAGCCAUGAAAUGCAGCUGCUUGCUCCCGGCACCUGUGGGUCCCACACUGCUCUGCAGCCCAAACCCUGUGCUGCACAGGCAUCAGAGGAAGCGCCUCCCACAGCACAGCUUUGGGUUCUUACUCAAUUUCAGCCUUUGCUGGGGAAGCUGAGGUAGAGAUCAUUGUCAUCUGCUUCGCAAGGAAAUCUCCGAAACACGAGAAUACUUGCGGAUCCUCCUCCCAAGGCGCCAGAGUCCUUGGCAGAGAUGGGAGCAGUGAAGCAGAGCCAUGAAGCAGAAACCCAGCAGGUCCCUCCCUGCAGCAGGAAGCCUGAGGAGCAGAGCCACCCUGGGUCUGAAGCUAAUCCCUGAACAUGACUACACGAGACCUCGGCGCCAGUCACUGCGUGUCCGCCUGCUGCCUGCUGGUACGGAGCCCAGCAUCUGCCUGAUGGUACUGCAGAGUGUGCACGGGUCUCCUAAGAACAGAUUUCCAGGCAUGGCAUGGAGGACGUUUGUUAUUUUUUCAUAGUGCUGGCCAAGAAGAAAUAUCCUAGGAUCGUCCUCAAGCAUAUCAGUGCAUAGACUGCUAGGUAGCAUAUGCCACAUGCCUCUUGGGGGACCUGAUGUUUCCUUUCCUGGAGUCCUCCAUAGGCGGUGCCCACCUGACAUUUCAAAGGUUUUAUUGCUCACUGUCCGUCACAGCACUUUUGAUUCCUAAUCAGUCCAUGAAGUGACUCUUGCUUUUGUAUUCUGGGUGUUUUGUUUGUUUGGGAUGAGGGCAUAUUUUAUGACAGGGUCUUGCUAUAUAUAUAUCCCUGGGCUGGCCUCAAACCUGUGAUCCUACUGCCUCAUCCUCCCAGUACUGGGAUUGCAGGUGUGUACUACCAUACCUGCUCUGCUUUACUUGUUUUUAGUUAUUUUAAAAAUUAUUUAAAAUUAAAAAUUAUACAAUUAUUAAAUAAUAACUUGAAAAAUACCAACAUAAAUUAUUAAGAAAAUACCAAACAUAAAUAGAAUUCAUGAAUUUAAUAUUAUUAAAAUAAGUAGAUAUAUACAUAUAUAUAGUUGCCACCUUACAGUAACACAAGUAAAUAUUAUAAGAAUGAGAAAUGAAUCCCUAUGCUCUUUGGAGCAGUCCCCUUGAUAGCCCUUUGUAAGAACCUAUGUAGUUGUCACUGUGACCAAGAUGGCUGGUAGAAUGGCACUGGGACCCGAUGGCCAGCAUUCCUGCUGCCUUAACACAGGACGAAAUUUGUUUGUGUGUCUUUCCUGUUGAACUGAUGCUGCCCACGCUUCCGUCCGUCUUUCGGAUUUUCACUGUUAUUCAGAUCUGGGGGAACAUUGGCUCAUAAAGUAUGUGUCCAUCGCAUCUCCAUGUUGCUCCCUGCAUGCACCAGCUCUUUGAUGUGCACUAGGGGACAGUUGGCUGACUUGUGCAGCUAAGGGUGAGCAGCUCUCAGCGCACACCAUUACCUCUGGCCCCAGACCACAAAGUUCAUUGCUACACAUGCAUUUAUUUCCUGGCUACCUGGAAGCUAUAACCAAGGCCUGAAAGUUGGUAAAAGACCAGGGCCUUGUUUACCAGACACUCUGGGAAAGGUCGACACCCUCAGCUGGAGUGGUAGAGAUUGUUGCAUGGAAAGACAAGGGCAGAAAGUCUGCAACACUUGGCAAAUAGGCAAACAAAUUUGAGUCUCUCCCUUCUUCCUCCCCUUCGUGAAAUACAGUAUUUAUAUUUCCAGCCUCGAAGAAGAGAGCAGAGCAUGCUCCUUCACAGGAGAGUUAUAGACCUGCUUAUUCUGAAACAGAUGUGCUCCCGCGGCACAGCGCCUUCUCUCUCCACCCCAAAGCCCUGUCACUGCAGCUUAGUCUUUGGCCCUGCUGUAAUUAAUGUAUCUGUGAUUCCGACUGUCAGGGAGGCUGUUCCCAGCACACUGAGCAUGGCGGCCUGAAGAGCACAGUCACCCCGUACGUACACACACACACACACACAGAGAGAGAGAGAGAGAGAGAGAGAGAGAGAGAGAGAGAGAGACAGGUUUGCCCUGUGUACAGAAAUCACAGGUGCCCAAGGUCAGACCUGCUUCAAGUCAAGGGUAAAAUCUGAAUCCCUGCUCAAGACACCUGAGUUGUCCCCCCUGUCCCCUUAGCAGGCCCUGCUGUGUGAGCCGACCUUGGGAGCUCCUAGAACCUAACCCUGGACAUUGCUUUUUGCUUACUUUUUGAAGGGGAAAUAGAUAAACAGUUGUCUUUAGCCAUCUAGAACUAAGCCAUGUCGCUACCACUUCUGUUUUCUCUCUCAUGUACAUCCCUGAUAGCCUGGUCCAUAACAACCAUCUCUGCCACCACCACCAAAAUCUGAUAGGACACAGUGGAGCCAACUUAGGAGUUGGGUCUACCAUGAAAAUUCAAAAUUGCUAUUUUCAGCCCCGAAUGCCAUAGAGUGCAUGAAGGCCCUUACUGUUUUCAGGCCUAACAAAUUACUUGGUGCAGUGUUAGGUAAUUGUUCUCCUGCUCAGAAACCACCGAAAGAAAAGCGAGCCUGUGGAGUCCCGCCUCCUUUUCUCAUCUCGGCAAAUAUCGUACAACUAAAGCAUAAUGGAAAAUGGCCCAUUAAUCUCCCGGAGCUGGCAGUGGAGUCCGGGGAACUGCUUUUCACUAAACAGCCCAUUCCCUGGUGUAGCACAAGAAUUCCCUCCUGCUCAUGCCAGAAACUCGUGUGACACCAUCCAGCCUGGGGGAAGUGUUGGCACCCAACCCCACCGUCAAGAAGCCAGUUCCCAAAAUAGACCUGUGUUUGCACUGCAGCAGGAAGGCCAGAGAGCUCCAGAGGCAGUCCGUUGCGAUGGGAGUGGAGUUCUUUCCAGUGCUGCCUGUUCCCAAAGUUGAAAGCAGCUUUAUGUGAAAACCAUGUAAACUCUGCUUCCCCUGAACUUUCCGUGCUGAAUAAGGACCAUCUUUUGGGAGUCUUCACAUUUGAUGAGGUGAGAGGUGACCACUUCUUACUUCUUCUGUAAUAGG